CGGACGGUUGCUCGCAUAGUCCGCGGAGUCACGUGGUCCGGAGGGGUUAAAGAGCCGCAGGCGGCUCGCGCGGUGUCAGAGAGAUGGAGAGCCGGAUUAUUACCCCGGGCCCGUACAGGGCGACCAAGCUGUGGAAUGAAGUCACAAAGUACUUUCGGGCCGGGAUGCCGUUAAAGAGACACCGGCUGCACUUCAAAACGUACGGGAACUGCUUCACGGCGUCGGAGGCUGUGGACUGGCUCCACCACCUGCUCAAGAACAACAGUAACUUCGGGGCGGAGGUGACCCGGCAGCAGAGCGUCCAGCUGCUGCGCAAGUUCCUCAAGAACCACGUUAUCGAGGAUAUCAAAGGGAGGUGGGGGGCAGAGGACCUGGACGACAACAACAACCUUUACCGGUUUCCGUCCAGCUCCCCGGUGAAGGCCGUUCCCAGCCGCCAACCCCUGUGGAAGAGAAGCAGCCUGGAGAACGUCUUCAAGGAGCGAGACAACAUCUUCAAGCUGGCGAGUUUCUCCCGGAAGGUGCCGAGGAAGCGCGCCUCGUCGGAUAAUAAGGAUGAGCAGGAAAACGAAGCGUGUGAGAUGGACGAGGAUCUGGAGAGCGGCACCGAUGGCCCCAAAGAGCUGACGACGAAGGACAUCGAAGAGAUCUGGGGGAGAAUCACUCUGACGCAUCUUCAGAAGAUCUUGGCCUUGCCGUCCCUGGAUGAGGUUUUAAAUCCUGCCCAGAUAAACCCAGGUCACAUCAUGUACAACAUGACACACACGAGUAAACACGGCGUCGUUGUCCUGGAGGAUAAAACGGAUGAUCUUCCUCAUUGGGUUUUAUCGGCCAUGAAAUGUCUUGCAAACUGGCCGAGGAACAACGACCUGAGCCAGCCGACGUACCCCGGGUUCGAGCGCGACGUCUUCAGGACGGUGGCGGACUAUUUCCUGAGCCUCGCCGAGCCCCUGCUUACCUACGAGUAUUAUGAGCUUUUUGUUAAUAUUUUAGUUUUCUGUGGCUACAUAACGGUUCCUAACAGGCCUAACAGAAAGCAUGACGCGUCCGGCCAGCCGUCCUCUAAAACGCUGCGCGCCAACGAGGCAAACUUUAAGUCGACGGAGUGCCUCCUCCUCAGCUUGUUGAGUAAAGUCCCCAACGAGGAAGAGGAAGACGAGGAGGAUCGGAGCUUCGGGGAAAUCGGCAGAGAACACGGAGCGAGCGCGGAUUCCCGGAUGUAUCCGUCUCUGGACAGGAGAGCGAGGGGCGGCCGGCUCGUUGGGGGGAGCUGUCAGAACCUCUCUCUCUCCGCGACGGACGCGCAUGCGCUCUACAAAGUCGGGGUACGGAGCUGUUCUAUGGAACCGAUCGUUGAUUUGCCCUCGGAAUCCGAAGGGGGCUUCUCUGCAGACCGGUCCAGAAAUAAAGCGGGGUCUCUGCUCGCCCUUCCCACCGAUCCCGCGCCUCGCCGGCCCCCUGCUAUUAAGGCGCUGCACGAGGACCCCCGCGGCGGGCAGCUGGACUACAGAAAACUUUCCCGAUCCAAGAGUAUGGGGGACGGUCUCGGAUCCUGUGCCAACAUCAACGCGCCGGUCGCCGAGAUCACGAUCCGGCCCGGCCAGUCUGCGCAACCCUCUGCCCAAAAGCGCCUGCCUUCCCUCACGACGAGCGAGCCGGCGGAUCCUGGGAUCGCGGUCACGAAGAGACUGUGUCACAGCACGAUGGAGCUCUCCGGUCGCGCUCUCGCCUCUAAUGCUUUCCGGCCACAAACCUCCCCAAACUGCACGCAAAGUCUGUUGCAGCCGCACCUGGAGCGGGUCGCCAUCGAGGCGCUGCAGCUCUGCUGCCUCCUUCUCCCGCCUCACAACCGCAGAAAGCUGCAGCUGCUGAUGAGAAUGAUCUCGCGCAUGAGCCAGAACGUCGACAUGCCGCGGCUCCACGACGCGAUGGGCACCAGGUCGCUGAUGAUUCAGACGUUCUCUCGAUGCGUCCUGUGCUGCUCCGAGGAGGUCGACCUGGAUGAGUUACUUGCCACGCGGCUCGUCUCCUUCCUGCUGGACCAUCACCAAGAUGUCCUCCAAGUGCCGUGUUACCUACAGACCGCCGUCCAGGACCACAUACAGUAUCUGCAGAGAGCACACGCGAAAGCGCCGGACGCCGCUCCCUCGUAUUAUUUUUGUAAGCAGAUCAGCCGGCAGGAGUUCGAGGCGCAGAGAUUCGCCACCUCGCAGGCUGCCAUCGAAGAGCUUCUGGAAAGCAUCGUCCGAGACAGACGUCUGUCCGCCAAGGACAAGAAGAAAAAGCUCAAGCAGUUCCAGAAAGAAUACCCCGAAAUUUACCACAGCCGCUUCCCGACCACAGAAAGCGAAGCCAAGCUCUUCGGAGACAAACCUACGAUAAAGCAGCCGAUGCUGGUCCUGAAGAAGCCAAAGUUUCGGGGUCUGAGACAUUGACCCGCGGCGGGGAACGUCUAACCGGAAACAAAGCCAUGCGCUGCAGCUUCCCAGUGCGGCCCCUGUUUACAUUUAACAUUCAGUGUUUUUUAAUGGUGUCGGACGC